GGCGGUUCUGGAACUGCUGCUGAGUACGCCGAGAACAGCUGUUUAUGCAUAUGAGGUGGGCGUGGCGGGGGAGCCUCGCCAAGGGCUGUCCAUGCAAAUGAAGGGGGCGUGGGGAGCGUGUAACUCGGAGCCCCGGAAGAGCGGAGAAACCCCAUAUAAAAACUACUGGGGACAUUUCCCAGGCAGAACUAGUAAAGCUCCAGAGACAGCAGCACUCGGGGCGGCCGGGCACAGCAGCUCCGCGCAGCGCAGCACAGCACAGGGCGCACAAGUAGCCAGGAGCAGCAGAACGCGGGGCAGAUAGCGGCUCCCGGGUCGGGCGCGCUCCCAGGCUGGGCACAGACGCAGCCGCUUUGCUGACUCCAGGAGCGAAGCAAGGAGACAUCUCGCAAAAGGAACGUACCAGGCUCCCGAGAGGAAACGGCUGCGGACCAUGGCUGACGAUGAAAUCGCCCGCAGCCCCAGCAGCAGCUGCAGCGGGAGUGGGAAUUGCACGGGCACUUGCGGCGAGAACCCUCAUUGCAACGUGCUGAGCUGGGAACAAGUGCGGCGCUUGGAUCGCAUCCUGAGCGAAACCAUCCCCAUCCACGGCCGGGGCAACUUCCCCACGCUGGAGAUGCAGCCCCGGCAGAUCGUGAAGGUGGUGCGGAGCCGCCUGGAGGAGAAGUGCAUUGGGGUCCGAGACGUGCGACUCAAUGGCUCGGCAGCCAGCCACAUCCUGCACCAAGACAGUGGCCUGGGCUACAAGGACUUGGACCUCAUCUUCUGCGCAGACCUCAAAGGGGAAGCCGAGUUUCAGACUGUGAAGGACGUGGUCUUGGACUGCCUUUUGGAUUUCUUACCUGACGGAGUUAACAAGGAGAAGAUCACCCCGCUUACCCUCAAGGAAGCUUAUGUGCAGAAAAUGGUAAAAGUAUGCAAUGAUUCAGACCGAUGGAGUCUCAUCUCCUUGUCCAACAACAGUGGCAAAAACGUGGAGCUGAAGUUUGUGGACUCUCUGAGGAGGCAGUUUGAGUUCAGUGUAGACUCCUUUCAAAUCAAAUUAGACUCCCUUCUGCUUUUUUAUGAAUGCUCAGAGAAUCCCAUGACUGAAACUUUUCACCCGACCAUCAUUGGUGAGAGUGUCUAUGGGGAUUUCCAAGAAGCCUUUGAUCACCUCUGCAACAAGAUAAUUGCCACCAGAAACCCAGAAGAAAUCAGAGGAGGUGGCCUUCUUAAGUACUGCAACCUUUUGGUAAGGGGCUUUAGGGCUGCCUCAGAAUCUGAGAUUAAAUCCCUUCAGAGAUACAUGUGUUCCAGGUUUUUCAUUGACUUCUCAGACAUUGGAGAACAGCAAAGAAAGUUGGAGUCUUACUUGCAGAACCACUUUGUGGGAUUAGAGGACCGCAAGUAUGACUAUCUCAUGACCCUUCAUGGUGUGGUGAAUGAGAGCACAGUGUGCCUGAUGGGACAUGAGAGGAGACAGACUCUAAAUCUUAUCACCAUGUUGGCCAUCCGUGUCCUUGCUGAGCAAAAUAUUAUCCCCAAUGUGGCCAAUGUCACCUGCUAUUACCAGCCAGCCCCAUAUGUAGCAGAUGCCAACUUUAGCAAUUACUAUAUUGCCCAGGUUCAGCCGGUAUUCACGUGCCAGCAGCACACAUACUCGACUUGGUUGCCCUGUAAUUAAGGACAGUUCUCCUGGUGGGGAGAACAUUUUCUAACAAGCAGAAAGGGGUGAUACACUCCUUAAAAUGGGGUGCUUUGUGCAAUGAUGAUCUGCUCUAGCUUUCAAGUUUGGUAAAGCUUGUGGUUCUUCUUAUAAAUUAUGUGAGCAUGAUCUAGAAAAGAAGCAGAAAUAAUUGGAUUCUACCCCAGAGCACAAGAGGCCUGUCAUUAAAAGCAAAUCGCUUCCCCUGAAAUAAACAAGGGAGGAAUGCUUGAUGACAAUAUGGGUUGGCAAUACCUGCUCCCAUAGCUUUGGCAUAGAGAAGGUUGGAAAGCCUUUUUUUAGAAUGGGAUCUGCAAAGGGAGAAUAUGGAAAAAAAACACAAAAAACAAAACAAUUUGCUUACAUAUAUUCAGGAGUUAAAAGUAGAGGCAUGAAGCAGAGAUAAAUUGAAAUAAAAUGUAUAUUGGAAUUACUGCCUUUGGGACUUGCAACAAGUGCUGUCUAUGGGAUGAUUGUGUAGAAUGUAUAGCUUGCUUGAAUAGAAUGCUUUAACAGAAACAGCUUGCUCCAAAUGAACAGUAGGAGAUUGGUACAGUUAUCGUAAAACCAGAAAAAACACAUGAUGAUAAAGUCCAUUUUUCCAGCUGCAUGCGUGCUUCACAUUUUAAAAAUGUGAAAAAUGCAAGAAAAACAGGUGUAGCAAACAAAAUAUGCUCAAGGACCAAAGAUUUCACAAAUAAGUUAUCCAAGCAAAGGAGAUACAGUAGAAUAUAAAAAGAUGUUACUAUAUUUGUACACACCAAUGUUAAUCAAAAGUGCCUGAUGCUUUCAGAAAAUUUGAAGUGAGAAAAAUAUAGUUUUGUGGUUUUUACCGUGCAUUUUGUUUUAUCAGGGACACAGGAAGACAAAAAAACAAACAAACAAAAAACCAAACCAAACCAAACAAACAAAAAAAC